GUAAAAACCAUCGCGGAAAACAAAGGCAUUACUCCCGAGUCCUCCCCUGAAGGUCACUGGUCCAAGAAUUUUGCCGUUCUAUCCAUCCAUCGACGCAAAGAUUGGGCUGUAACAGUGAAGGGAUUUAAUAGUUUUCUCUGGGAUUUUGAGAAAGCCAAUGACGAAAAUGUUUUUGGAAUGUUUGGUAGUCAUGGUGCUCUUCUGAUCGCCAACAGUGAAAGAAACCUUGAAGUACAUGACGUUGAAAAUGGCUGGGAUUGGGCCAAGGUCCCUGGAGCAACAACUAUUGCCUUAGAAACUGAUCCUUCCUCGGGUACAAAGAACUUUGACGACUUAAAAUUACCAAAGGGAAGGUUUUACAAUCCAAAAAACCUUGCUGGGGGUCUGACGUUUAAGGGUACAAGCACAUUGAAGAAUGGCGUUUUUGGCAUGGAUUUUGAACAGCCAACUUACGAACUGGAGACAGCGGAUUGGCGACACUCCGUAACUUUUGAAUUUAAAAAAUCAGUUUUCUUUUUUGAAAAUUUGCUGGUUUGCCUAGGAAGUGACAUUUCAGCAUCAAACACUGAUGGGAGAAUUGUUCAAACAACGCUCUUUCAAGACAAAAUUACAGGCGGGCUGUCCAUUAAGAUAAACGGUGCUGUAACGACAUCUGCUGCUGUAGUAACUCCUUCAGUCUCAGGACAACUUUAUACAACACUCACUGACACCAAAGACAACUUUUACUACAUACCAGAUGGCAGUAAAGGUUUAUUAAAAGUCCACGCUACUAAUCAGGAUUCCUGGCUAGAGAGCGGAGCAGCAUCGAGCCCAACAACAGGGAUAUACGGUACUGCAUGGUUUGAUCACGGUGAUUCGCCCUCUGGAAUCUCAUCUGAAUACGAGUACGCAGUCUUAAUUCCUACUACAUCAUAUGAUGCAACACCAACUGACCUUACAAAUGCUCAGCAAUCUACAGGAUCGAAAGUUUACAAAGUUUUACAAAAGGAUGACGUUGCUCAUAUCGUGCAGUUUCAUAGGUCGACAAAGUCAUCUCCCACAUCCGCUCUCAGCCAUUCUAUCACUGGCUACGUCCUUUUCCCUUCAGUGGCACCCGUAUCACUUACUAGCCUUGGUCCUUUGGCGGAAGUCAACUCGGGAGAUUGCCUUAUCAUGGUCGAGGAAACGUCAGAGUUUAUUCACCUCAGCAUUAGCUCUCCAAGCUUAAAUCUUGCAAGGAAGUCAGGGGCAACUCCUUUGACCAAUUCUGAUGACGUGGGGCAAGCGGAGUUGUACCAGUCGUCAAGCAGAGAGCGUGAAAUUGAGGUUACCUUGAGAAAAAAGGUACAAAAAAGCUUCGUUUCCCUCCAGACUCACGGCAACCCUGAUAGUUACAAACCAAACGUAUGGGUGGAUACCAGUGGCUUAAAAGUCACCUUUCCAAAUCUCAAGAAUGGUUUCAGUGUUGAGGUACAACUAAAGAAAUCAUCAGUGCCGUGACUCUCAAGUAGGCAUUGGUUUCAUCCGUCACAUAUAACAAAUCAUUUAAAAAGUGGUAAAUAGGCUUCUGGUUUUGAUUGGCUUAUAAUAUAAUAACUAAUUGUUUAGAAAAAAGGAAUCCGCUCACUUAAGAGACCAGCUCCACUCUUUCCGCUUUCACAAUCUUAGUAUCGGUCACAAGUAUUUCCUUUUGUCUAGCCUGUUUUUCCAGUAAAAUUGAUCAAUAAAAAAAUAUAUAUGCCCUUGUCUUCCUCUCAGAACUAGUUAUCAAUGAUAUUCCUACUUUCAAGUACAUCCCUGUCAGCAGUACAGGCAGCACUAUGUAGAUCUUUUAGUCUUGAGCCAGGCGAAAAACAAGACAUUUAUCGAGCAAGAAACAACUAGCAAACCUGUCCAACGGGGCAAGCCACAUCAGAAAAGACAAAAGGCUAUGGCAUCGACGACGUUACUGUAUUCCUGCCCUCGUUAAUGAGAUUGCUCGCCAAAAAGUGAUCUAACCGGUGCGCCCUAUACUACUAAUAUUAGAAUCAAUUUCAAGGUUUUAAAAAUUUUACUCAACAAGUAUUUACUAUGAUGUUUAUUAAAGCCAUUGCCGAAGAUCAAAUUCCAUGUAUAUUUUUUUUGUCUACUGGAAGGUUUGGGGAAUCCAAAUUUUGUUGUCCGUUGUCAGUUAAAAAUUCCCGCCAUUGUAGGUUAUCGGUAAAUCUCAGGUGAAAAAUGCAAGUUAAUUAGUUGACGGUGAUAUUUUCCUACUGGUAAUCCCGUUUUUUCAGUAGUCAGUUGCAUUUGCCCCCGUUUGUCGUUGGUCAUGUAACUCCAUUCCAGACUCUUGUACUGUGUUGAGAUUAAGCAUCUUGCGCUUUUGGGAAAUCACAACAAACGAAAUCGUAAAUACAGUCAUCCAACCUUUUGAACAACUGGUACCUGGAGUUCAAACAUACCAAACAUAAUGCGUUUUCAAAGUCCCCCUUUUAAAUCUCGAAGAAUGCAAAGCAAAGUAUUUUCGUUCACACUGGCUUUUUUGCAUAUUUUUCACCUGACCACACUAAAACGGUUGGAGACGGUACCAUCGAGCGAGACCUGAUAUUAUGCAUGUGUGAAAUCAUUAUCUCGACCCCAAUUAAUUAAAGCGUUGAAGUAAUCAUAUGUGGUCCUUGGUAGGCUUUGUGCUUUCCCCCCUGCGCUGGAAAACAUUUGAUUCUUAACAGCAAAGACUAUACUCAAUGAAAACAAAAUGUUCAAAUUAUCGUAGGAUAUUCGCUUCGUGUAUUUUCUGUUAAAUGUAGUUGAACAAUAAAUUCCCUAACGGGGCACAAACAAGGAAAUAUAUCCUGUCUCAGCUCAACUUAUUAGCUCUCAAUGCAAGCGGUAAUGUCAUCUGCGAGCGUCUCACGGAUCUAAAGAAACGAUUUUCGUUGAGUAGCAGAGUGGGUAGGAUGUAGCUUAGGAAAGGAUGCGUCCUCAACAAGUCGAGUACUUGAGGAAAGGCUUACAGCAAUGGCUUCCUUCGGCUGGCCCCUGACGGACUGGAGGCGGUGGCUAUGGAGGUUUUGUGGCUCAAAGCUUGAGGGAUUAAGUACAUUAAUCUUUUUCAAAUGAAUUUUACCACCAAAGAGAAUCGACACGCACGCGCACUAGCACAUCGAGAUACCCCCGGCUGGAGAGUGAGCCUUUGGUCAAGGCUGCUUAAAAUAGAUUUAUACGUCAUGAGAAGAACACAAAUAAAUAGUAAGAAAAAAACUACUAGACGGAGGACAGGAGUGAGAUUUGAUGUUAUUAAACUCACUAUUAUCCGAUACAAACUUUCAUGAUACUCACUAAAGAGGGAAAGGAAAGUGGAGAAUAAGAUGGCUCUAAGUGGAGAAUAACUUGGCUCUAAGUUUACGCUUAAAAUUAAGAACAGAGUUGCAGAGUUUAAAGGAAUUGUCCAAACUGUUCCACAGAUUUACUUUACAGAAUGUCCUUACCAGAAUAAGGGAAUUUGCAAAAGCUGAGGGCUUCUAGUCGUGCGACCACUUACUUCACCACGUGUUAGAAACUUCGAUGGGAUGUGGGAGCGGAGGCAGUCAUUCACUUGAAAACAAGCACGGCGUGACUGAAUUAUUGUUGCAGUUUUUCCCUGCAAAACCAGGGACGCAUGUGCAAUUUUAGUCAUUGACUAUAAAUAUCGAUUUAAGAAACGGAUUUAUGCCAAAAAAAUUAGUUCUUAUUUUCAAUGUUCUUAAAAUCGAGCGGUCUACUCCUUGCUGUGUUGUUUAGAUCGUCGAAAGCACGGUUUUUAAAACCGUUUCAGCCAAAACUCUUUUUAAUUUUAGAAAAUUAAAGGCCCCAGUUAGGAGAGAGUCGGGUAACUGACAUUUAUACCGCGAUCAAUAACUGUGACGCACGCUUUUUGUCUCGCUAUGAGAGCGAAACAAAAGGAGGGGCAUAAAUAGAGCAAUCCCUUUAAACUCCUAGCCGUCGCGCGAUCAUCAAUUAGAGCUAUAGAUCACAAAAAUCCUUCUUUAAUUCCGCCGCCACCCUGGCUGUCUCCUUUGAAAUCUUUACAGUUCUUGUAUUAACUUUCCAUCAACUCGAUGGGCGUUUAUGUAUCCCCACCUUUGUGGAGCGAAUUAUUGUGAGGUACCUGUCGUUACAGGAGCAGGUUUUAGAAGACAAAAUGUUAUACCGUGCCUGUUUUAUUCUACAAACCGAGCGUGCCGCAGACUCGCAGCGCACACAUUGUAUUUUCAUCAGCUUGGUCGCGGUCUAAAUAAAAUUUGUUGACGGUUGACUACCUUUUUUUGUACACAAUCCCGUCAAGCAAGGGGAAAAACGAUAAAAAAAAGAGCAUUAUCACCUUUCAUGGUUUUACCAAGCCAAUACACUGCAAUGUAUUUUAUUGAAAAGUUUCAGUACCUAUUAUUCUAAAAGCUUCGCGAAACUAAAAUGUCUUUUUGCACAUUGUCUUUGGUUUUGAUAUUUGACAUUGAAAACGUGGUAGAGGUCAUCAUAGAGGAACACUGGUAUCCUAUACAAGAUUGUAACCAGCCGGAGGGGGAACAUCAGGUAGAAAUCUAAGAAAACGACGACUAUAUAAUGGCCGAGUGGCAUAUUUGUGCCUCAGGUCCAAACAAAAAGCCUGACGGGCAAAAAUUCUGGAAGAAAAAGGGGACCGAUAAAGGACGAGAUAAUGUGAAACUUGCGAUUGAACCUGCGACCAACUUUACGCGAGAUCUUUGCAAUGCAGGUGUACCGUGGUCUUUGAACGUCCUGGAUCGUUAUUAUGAUACCAAAGAGAAGAGGUGUUUGAAAGAAAAGCAGGAAAUAAAAGGAAGGUCCCUUAACAUGUCAGAAGUAUUGGAAAACAUACGCGACGUGAUGCCAAAAGAUCCGAAAGCAUGUUAUUGAAAACAGAAAGACCCAAAGAUAUUCAGGCUAAGUUCUUCUAGGUAUUAGGAAAAGAGGACAGAUGAAGUUUAAGAAAAGACAAGUGCAAUGAAACAAUAAUAAUAUAUAUCGAUGUAAAAUUUUGUGUUUAUGAACUUUCAUUAUGAAAAAAGUCGUUUAAUAAUUGACAGAAUAAUUGUAUAGAUUUAGCCAAGGCCAAGGUCACGUGGUAUCUUAUGAGAAAUUUCUUUCUUCAGUAAUUCAACUAUUGCCAUAAUCAUGAAGUAAAAUGAAUUCCUCCUGAAAAAAAUUAAUUUGGUCCUGCGGUCACUUAAAAACCAAUAACAGGUCAACAAAGAACGUUAAAAACACGGUGUAACCUCAAACAGUUGUGCACCUGAACCCGUCGUACGGUCAUGUGACACUGGUCAGUCAAGGCAAGCAGACGUGUAAUUUCCAGCUCCAGGACACCCAAAAUAAGUUUGCACAUUUCAUCCUUAAAAUUUAGCUUCAAAAACUUUUAGUUAUUUCAAAUACCACCCACUUUCUCCUGUAAUGGGUUGUCAUUUACUUAACUCUUAGUUAUUCAAAUACUGUUAAAACACAAACAUGACAAAGAAUUUGCGGAAAUAACCUUACUGUGAAAUUUCGCUGUUUUAAAUAAUCUCCACAAUUAAAAUUAUUACUAGAGGUAAUCAUUGAUUAGAAAUCGCCGUUCGUCACUUACGGAAACGAAAUCGACUUGAAAUGAGUCCAAUUUCCCGGCCAAGAUGCCCCUGAUAAAAUUAAUAGGGGAGGCUAAUCGGCAGUGGUCGGCGAUACAUCGAAAAUUUGUGGCUUUAUACCACAGGAACACCAAGAUUAGGAUGCGAUCUGACGAACGCGAAAAUGUAAAUUUUUCUUGUCUAUUUUGUCUUAGGUCUUUGCAUUUCUAAACGGAGAUUUUCACAAUACAGUCUCUUGUCCCAAUAUGUAUACACCGGCUGAAUCGAAUUGGAAAAGACAAUAGUAGACAAUAUAUUUAUCGUUCUAUUUUUGUUUUUGUAACUGAUAAUUCCAUUAAAUUACGAUAUAACCUAAGAAGGUUUUAAAUUUUAUGGAAGCAAGGAUUCGUUUUUAAUCUUUAAACCUAACAGUCUUUGGCGUCAUGCUUUGACCCUGCCAACACGCACUGUUUCACAUCAUCAGCUUUCACCCCGGAAUUCACCUAAAACUGUCUACAGCUACCCCACCUUAAAGCCACCUUCAUUGUAUCGCAACAUGGCGCCCAUUCAUGAUGAAGUACUACACCUGCAAACGCAAUAGUAAUGAUAUUCAAGCACAAUGAAAUUUUACGUUGUACAUAAAUUAUGACACAAGAUCACAAAACUACGAUGAAAAAUUGGUACAGCCGGCACUUGCACUGGAGCGGAUUUCAACCAAAUGGUAAGUUGAUUGUCUUGAGGUAUGGGAAAUAUUUUUUUAGAACUUACCAUCAUUUUAAAAACAAAGAAAUUAUGAUUUUCAAUUUUUUUUAAAAGUUUGUUUGUCGGUCGUAUUUGUUUUUUCUCACAUAAAAUGAAAAAUGAUGAUCCAAGUAAAACAAUGCGCUUUUCUAUGUCUUCAUUCAUCAAUGUUUAAAACUCGAUUAGACUCACUGCGAAAUAUUGUUAAGAUUUGCCUUGUAACCAACUGGAACCGGCGGAACCUCAGUCUUUUAAACUGAACUUCAGAUCCUUAUUUUUACCACAUUUGGCUUUGUUAACAUUUAGAUUAAUUCUCAGAUGUAACGUUUUCCCAGUUAACUUACUAUAUGUUUAAAACAAGAUGUUUGUCGAAAUCGUAAAAAUUAACAACGAUUCAAACAUACAUCAUUUUGUCCUCUUAAAACAACAAUCUAAACAAAAACUUUCUGAUGCCUUCAUGGCAAGGGAGAAUAUGCUCUUUCUAUCUUAUUUAGGGUCGUCCGCAUUAGAAAUUUUUAUGACAGACGAAAGUAAAAAGUUUGAAAACAACUUGUCAACAAAAAAUAAGUCAGGCUAGGUAUAACUGAAUCACAGGAUAUGUUGAACUUGAACUUCAGUUCCUGCUCUUUUUCGAACCUUCCUUUAUAACUCAAACUGUUGUCAAAGUUUCCACCGUCUUUCCAGUUUACGAGCUUUGUUAUACCGUGCCUGUUUUAUUCUACAAACCGAGCGUGCCGCAGACUCGCAGCGCACACAUUGUAUUUUCAUCAGCUUGGUCGCGGUCUAAAUAAAAUUUGUUGACGGUUGACUACCUUUUUUUGUACACAAUCCCGUCAAGCAAGGGGAAAAACGAUAAAAAAAAGAGCAUUAUCACCUUUCAUGGUUUUACCAAGCCAAUACACUGCAAUGUAUUUUAUUGAAAAGUUUCAGUACCUAUUAUUCUAAAAGCUUCGCGAAACUAAAAUGUCUUUUUGCACAUUGUCUUUGGUUUUGAUAUUUGACAUUGAAAACGUGGUAGAGGUCAUCAUAGAGGAACACUGGUAUCCUAUACAAGAUUGUAACCAGCCGGAGGGGGAACAUCAGGUAGAAAUCUACAAAAACGACGACUAUAUAAUGGCCGAGUGGCAUAUUUAUGCCUCAGGUCCAAACAAAAAGCCUGACGGGCAAAAAUUCUGGAAGAAAAAUGGGACCGAUAAAGGACGAGAUAAUGUGAAACUUGCGAUUGAACCUGCGACCAACUUUACGCGAGAUCUUUGCAAUGCAGGUGUACCGUGGUCUUUGAACGUCCUGGAUCGUUAUUAUGAUACCAAAGAGAAGACGUGGUUGAAAGAAAAGCAGGAAAUAAAAGGAAGGUCCCUUAACAUGUCAGAAGUAUUGGAAAACAUACGCGACGUGAUGCCAAAAGAUCCGAAAGCAUGUUAUUGAAAACAGAAAGACCCAAAGAUAUUCAGGCUAAGUUCUUCUAGGUAUUAGGAAAAGAGGACAGAUGAAGUUUAAGAAAAGACAAGUGCAAUGAAACAAUAAUAAUAUAUAUCGAUGUAAAAUUUUGUGUUUAUAAACUUUCAUUAUGAAAAAAGUCGUUUAAUAAUUGACAGAAUAAUUGUAUAGAUUUAGCCAAGGCCAAGGUCACGUGGUAUCUUAUGAGAAAUUUCUUUCUUCAGUAAUUCAACUAUUGCCAUAAUCAUGAAGUAAAAUGAAUUCCUCCUGAAAAAAAUUAAUUUGGUCCUGCGAUCACUUAAAAACCAAUAACAGGUCAACAAAGAACGUUAAGAACACGGUGUAACCUCAAACAGUUGUGCACCUGAACCCGUCGUACGGUCUUGUGACACUGGUCAGUCAAGGCAAGCAGACGUGUAAUUUCCAGCUCCAGGACACCCAAAAUAAGUUUGCACAUUUCAUCCUUAAAAUUUAGCUUCAAAAACUUUUAGUUAUUUCAAAUACCACCCACUUUCUCCUGUAACGGGUUGUCAUUUACUUAACUCUUAGUUAUUCAAAUACUGUUAAAACACAAACAUGACAAAGAAUUUGCGGAAAUAACCUUACUGUGAAAUUUCGCUGUUUUAAAUGAUCUCCACAAUUAAAAUUAUUACUAGAGGUAAUCAUUGAUUAGAAAUCCGCGUUCGUCACUUACGGAAACGAAAUCGACUUGAAAUGAGUCCAAUUUCCCGGCCAAGAUGCCCCUGAUAAAAUUAAUAGGGGAGGCUAAUCGGCAGUGGUCGGCGAUACAUCGAAAAUUUGUGGCUUUAUACCAAAGGAACACCAAGAUUAGGAUGCGCUCUGACGAACGCGAAAAUGUAAAUUUUUCUUGUCUAUUUUGUCUUAGGUCUUUGCAUUUCUAAACGGAGAUUUUCACAAUACAGUCACUUGUCCCAAUAUGUAUAUACCGGCUGAAUCGAAUUGGAAAAGACAAUAGUAGACAAUAUAUUUAUCGUUCUAUUUUUGUUUUUGUAACUGAUAAUUCCAUUAAAUUACGAUAUAACCUAAGAAGGUUUUAAAUUUUAUGGAAGCAAGGAUUCGUUUUGAAUCUUUAAACCUAACAGUCUUUGGCGUCAUGCUUUGACCCUGCCAACACGCACUGUUUCACAUCAUCAGCUUUCACCCCGGAAUUCACCUAAAACUGUCUACAGCUACCCCACCUUAAAGCCACCUUCAUUGUAUCGCAACAUGGCGCCCAUUCAUGAUGAAGUACUACACCUGCAAACGCAAUAGUAAUGAUAUUCAAGCACAAUGAAAUUUUACGUUGUACAUAAAUUAUGACACAAGAUCACAAAACUACGAUGAAAAAUUGGUACAGCCGGCACUUGCACUGGAGCGGAUUUCAACCAAAUGGUAAGUUGAUUGUCUUGAGGUAUGGGAAAUAUUUUUUUAGAACUUACCAUCAUUUUAAAAACAAAGAAAUUAUGAUUUUCAAUUUUUUUUAAAAGUUUGUUUGUCGGUCGUAUUUGUUUUUUCUCACAUAAAAUGAAAAAUGAUGAUCCAAGUAAAACAAUGCGCUUUUCUAUGUCUUCAUUCAUCAAUGUUUAAAACUCGAUUAGACUCACUGCGAAAUAUUGUUAAGAUUUGCCUUGUAACCAACUGGAACCGGCGGAACCUCAGUCUUUUAAACUGAACUUCAGAUCCUUAUUUUUACCACAUUUGGCUUUGUUAACAUUUAGAUUAAUUCUCAGAUGUAACGUUUUCCCAGUUAACUUACUAUAUGUUUAAAACAAGAUGUUUGUCGAAAUCGUAAAAAUUAACAACGAUUCAAACAUACAUCAUUUUGUCCUCUUAAAACAACAAUCUAAACAAAAACUUUCUGAUGCCUUCAUGGCAAGGGAGAAUAUGCUCUUUCUAUCUUAUUUAGGGUCGUCCGCAUUAGAAAUUUUUAUGACAGACGAAAGUUAAAAGUUUGAAAACAACUUGUCAACAAAAGAUAAGUCAGGCUAGGUAUAACUGAAUCACAGGAUAUGUUGAACUUGAACUUCAGUUCCUGCUCUUUUUCGAACCUUCCUUUAUAACUCAAACUGUUGUCAAAGUUUCCACCGUCUUUCCAGUUUACGAGCUUCAACUACAAGUUCCCGGACUGUAUUUGAUAAAGUGUUUGCUACCCUUGUAGAUAGCAUAUUUUUCGUAUGUUUCUGUAUCAGUAAAAAUCCGUGAAAGUGAAGUCCAUUAAGAAAUCUUCAUCGUACCUUUUGAUCUUUAACCUCUUUUUUCCACACCAGUCACAUUCAUUGUUACUAAACAGGUCACACUGUGAUCGGUCAGUCGAGUCGGAGAACACAUUCCUUGAACUUGUACUAUGGCUUAUUUGCUCUAAGAUGUCAAAUUAUAUUUAAUUCUUCUUGAUAAUUUUUUCUGUUUCAAAAAAUAUUGAAACAAAAAUAAGUAGAAUAAUAGACACGGGUAUUCUGACCUAUCUUGAUGCAUGGAUGCCACCAGACAACAAAGAGGAGGACCUGAAUCAGCAAGAGGUCAUCAAUUUUGCUCGCUAUUUCGUGGAACAGCUUUGCAAUGCAGGUGUACCGUGGUCUUUGAACGUCCUGGAUCGUUAUUAUGAUACCAAAGAGAAGAGGUGGUUGAAAGAAAAGCAGGAAAUAAAAGGACGGUCCCUUAACAUGUCAGAAGUGUUGGAAAACAUACGCGACGUGAUGCCAAAAGAUCCGAAAGCAUGUUAUUGAAAGACCCACAGAUAUUUAGGCUAAGUUCUUCCAGGUACUAGGAAAAGAGGACAGAUGAGGUUUAAGAAAAGACAAGUACAAUGAAAUAAUAAUAUAUAUCCAUGUAAUAUUUUCUGUUUAUGAACUGUGAUUAUGAAAAAAGUCGUUUAACAAUUGUCAGAAUAAUUGUAUAGAUUUAGCCAAGGCCAAUGUCACAUGGCAUCUUUUGAGAAAUUUCUUUCUUCAGAAAUUCAACUAUUGCCAUAAUCAUGAAGUAAAAUGAAUUCCUCCUGAAAAAAAUUAAUUUGGUCCUGCGAUCACUUAAAAACCAAUAACAGGUCAACAAAGAACGUUAAAAACACGGCGUAACCUCAAACAGUUGUGCACCUGAACCCGCCGUACGGUCAUGUGAAACUGGUCAGUCAUGGCGAUCGAGCAGACGUGUAAUUUCCACCCCCAGGACACCCAGAAUAAGUUUGCACAUUUCAUCCUUAAAAUUUAGCUUCAAAAACUUUUAGUUAUUUCAAAUAUCACCCACUUUCUCCUGUAAUGGAUUGUCAUUUACUUAACUCUUUGUUGUUCAAAUACUGUUGAAACACAAACAUGACACAGAAUUUGCGGAAAUAAGCUAAUUGUGAAAUUUCGCUGUUUUAAAUAAUCUCCACAAUUAAAAUUAUUACUAGAGGUAAUCAUUGAUUAGGAAUCCCCGUUCGUCACUUACGGAAACGAAAUCGACUUGAAAUGAGUCCAAUUUCCCGGCCAAGAUGCUCAUGAUAAAAUUAAUAGGGGAGGCUAAUCGGCAGUGGUCGGCGAUACAUCGAAAAUUUGUGGCUUUGUAACACAGGAACACCAAGAUUACGAUGAGAUCUGACGAACGCGAAAAUGCAAAUUUUUCUUGUUUAUUUUGUCUUAGGUCUUUGCAUUUCUAAACGGGCACUUUCACAAUACAGUCUCUUGUCCCAAUAUGUAUACACCGGCUGAAUCGAAUUGGAAAAGACAAAAGUAGACAAUAUAUUUAUCGUUCUAUUCGCUUUGUUUUUAUUUGUUGAGGAAGAGAGGACAACAGUUAAAUAUAGAAGGAAUAACAAGACACUCUGGUCAAUUACAACGCAAUUUUUUUUUGCUUUUAUAACUGAUAAUUCCAUUAAAUUACGAUGUAACUUAGCAAGUUUUAAAUUUUAUGGAAGCAAGGAUUCGUUUUGAAUCUUUAAACAUAACAGUCUUUGGCGUCAUGCUGUGACCCUGCCAACACGCACUGUUUCACAUCAUCAUCUUUCACCCCGGAAUUCACCUAAAACUGUCUACAGCUACCCCACCUUAAAGCCACCUUCAUUUUAUCGCAACAUGGCGCCCAUUCAUGAUGAAGUACUAACCUGCAAACGCAAUGGUAAUGAUAUUCAAGCACGAUGAAAUUUUACGUUGUACAUAAAUUAUGACAUAAGAUCACAAAACUACGAUGAAAAAUUGGUACAGCCGGCACUUGCACUGGAGUGGAUUUCAACCAAAUGGUAAGUUGAUUGUCUUGAGAUAUGGGAAAUAUUUUUUUAGAAUUUACCAUCAUUUUAAAAACAAAGGAAUUAUGAUUUUCAACUUUUUUUUAAAAGUUUGUUUGUCGGUCGUAUUUGUUUUUUCUCACAUAAAAUGAAAAAUGAUGAUCCAAGUAAAACAAUGCGCCUUUCUAAGUCUUCAUUCAUCAAUGUUUAAAACUCGAUUAGAGUCACUGCCAAAUAUUGUCGUAUAUUGUCAAGAUUUGCCUUGUAACCAACUUGAACCGGCGGAACCUCAGUCUUUUAAACUGAACUUCUGAUCCUUAUUUUUAGCGCAUUUGACUGUGUUAUUCAGAUUAAUUCUCAGACGUAACCUUUUCCCAGUUAACUUACUAUAUGUUUAAAACAAGAUGUUUGUCGAAAUCGUAAAAAUUAACAACGAUUCAAACAUACAUCAUUUUGUCCUCUUAAAACAACAAUCUAAACAAAAACUUUCUGAUGCCUUUAUGGCAAGGGGGAAUAUGUUCUUUCUAUCUUAUUUAGGGUCGUCCGCAUUAGAAUUUUUAUGACAGACGAAAGUAAAAGUUUGAAAACAACUUGUCAACAAAAGAUAAGUCAGGCUAGGUAUAACUGAAUCACAGGAUAUGUUGAACUUGAACUUCAGUUCCUGCUCUUUUUCGAACCUUCCUUUAUAACUCAAACUGUUGUCAAAGUUUCCACCGUCUUUCCAGUUUACGAGCUUCAACUACAAGUUCCCGGACUGUAUUUGAUAAAGUGUUUGCUACCCUUGUAGACAGUGUAUUUUUCGUAUGUUUCUGUAUCAGUAAAAAUCCGUGAAAGUGAAGUCCAUUAAGAAAUCUUCAUCGUACCUUUUGAUCUUUAACCUCUUUUUUCCACACCAGUCACAUUCAUUGUUACUAAACAGGUCACACUGUGAUCUGUCAGUCGAGUCGGAGAACACAUUCCUUGAACUUGUACUAUGGCUUAUUUGCUCUAAGGUGUCAAAUUAUAUUUAAUUCUUCUUGAUAAUUUUUUCUGUUUCAAAAAAUACUGAAACAAAAAUAAGUAGAAUAAUAGCCAAAAUUCGAUAAGGAAAUUAGAGCAGCAUUAUAGUCUCUUUCCGAGACCUGCUAAGGCCUAGAGUUACUAACGUGACGUUACUUUCCCACAAACAUGCCUAUCCCUUUUGCACUUCUUCCUAUUUUCGGUGGAAACCAAGCAAAGAAAAUCAUGCAGAGGGCAACUGCUCUUUCUCUUAAAAUAUUCGCGGAUUUUCAGCAUGUUUUUUGAUGCCAAUUGUAAAAAUAAAAAAGGUAACUGAGAUUCCAGAUUUUUAAUUUCUAUUACCCUAUUUCACAUCAUUCUAGGUACAAGUAUGAGAUUGAUCAUAUUGAAGUUUCUUGCUCUUCGACUGCUCUGCUUUGUCUGGUCUACCGUUCCGGCAACAAGAGCUCAAAGUAGGUACCUUAUAUCACAGUUAGCCCAGUAGUAGCAUAAAAUCUUAACCCCAACUUUAAGGCCAUGCAAUGAAAUUUGCCCUCCAAUUGUUCACUGGGUAACACAAGAAGCAUUUUCGUCCUUCUUUUUUGAAUUGUUGUGCUAAUAACUUUAAUAUCAGCUGUUGCAUAUGUGUUCAGUGUUUCCAAGAUCUUGACAUUGAUAAUCAUACGGAUAUUAUAUGGUCUCUAAAUUUUUGGCUAUCCUUCACUCUCUUAAUUACGUUCAACAUUUUUCUGGUCCAACUCACUAGGAUAAAUUACUUACUAUGCAAAUAACAGUGAAGAGUAAAUGACAGUUGUAUAUUUGUUUUGUCCUUGAACUUUUGUGCACGUUUUUCAAACUGGACAAUGUAAUGUUGGUAUCCACCCUACACCUGCAUUAACCUGUGUUUCAUUUUCUUUCUUAGGCCCACCUUCUUGCACCCACCAGUAUGAUGAGCUAUUUGACUUUGAGACUGCAUCAGAACUGAAUUGUUUUCAAGCUACCCCCGCAGCUCAUGGAACCGUGACGCAAUCCGCUAAAACCUCUAACCCAGUGACUGUCAAGCAUGGAAGCUAUUCUUUGAAAUGGGAACCUCCUAGUGGUUCUCCUAACCCAAGCUUGAAACUAAAAUUUUCAUCGGGCUCAGAAAUUCCAACCAAUUGGCUUAGAAAGGGAGGAGUAAAAGUCUGGUUUUACAAAGAACGGCCAUCACUAGGAAAAACCCUAAAAGUAGAAUUUAAAAAUUCUGGCAUUCUUGUCGCCACUUUCACGGCUCAUUUGGCCUUUGAAGGGUGGAGAGGAGUUUGGGUAGAGUUUCAAGAAUGCAAACUGACCAGUACUAGCUUGAAUAGACCGACUAAAGUCGAUGAGGUGAACUUUGUACUUAGGGAGGCCGAUACAAUUUACAUAGAUUUGCUCUCAUUUGUUAGGAGUAUGGCAAAACAAUCACGUGACAAAGUUGUUCCUCCUAUCAGUCCAUUCGGCCUGGAUCUGUAUGAUCCCAGUAACACAUGGCAACAGACCUACAAAUGGAGCCAACAAACCAUUCCACCCUCACCUCCAACAAUUGACGUCUCUAAAAAAAUAAGUUUGGAAAUGAUUGAAAGCCGUCUGAACAACUGGUACUGCGAUGAGGCGAAAACUACUGUCAAAUUUCCAGCUGGUAGCUUCCUUGAAAAGCGAUGGAAUUCGCUCGCAGGGCCUUUUAGGAAGGCACAUCAAGAUUAUGAUGCUCUAGAUUUCGAUUCAAGUCAUAAAGUCAUUGGACCACCUCUCUUCUGCCGAGACUGUAGAUAUCCAAAGAAGUUUGGAGAGAUAAUGGAAAAAAUCCUGUUUCGUUUGUCGCUGGAAUAUUAUAUAAGGUCCCGGAUUCCAGAAAUAAGAGACACUGUCGCUGCCUAUCUGAAUGAUCUUAACAAUCCAGCAGCCAAAAACGAUGCCUGCAGAGCCAUUGCAGGUAGAGACAGAAAUAUGGUAGACCAAUUUAAAAGCUACCUUCCUGCGUCUGGACCCAUUAGCUCAGAACAGGUAGAAAAUGCGAUAAAACGACUCAACAUUCACCGUCUAAACAAGAUUAAAAACCUUCUAGAUUAUGUAAAACAACAAGGCCUUGCAGACGGAAGUGGUCUUGGAUGUUUAGACCACGAAUGGAAUAUAGAUGGUGCUGGAUUUAUGCACUCUUUGUUUCUUCUUAAAGACUCUCUGCGGAAACCAAUAAAUGAUUCUAGAUUGUUGGACUUGAUAAAGACAGCCAAAUGGUACAACGAUUUUGGAGAGAUUUAUCAAUCACCGACGUUUGAAAUCAAAGGAACGACUACUGACCGCAUGAUCACGCUGAUGUUAUUUAGGCUGAUGAUUGUCCUGAUAAUGCCAAGUAACACUGAUGAUGAUUUCAAAGCCAAAAUUCGGGACAUGGAUGCUUUAGUUCGGUGGAUGAACAAUGCUCUGGCUGUGAACGAAGGUCUCGGAGGAGUCAUCAAACCUGACUUUGUUGGGCAUCAUCAUAAAGCUUUUUAUGGAUCCGCUUAUGUGCCACAGGCGUUACAUACCGCAGCCUUGGUUCACUACCUUCUUGAAGGAACAGCAUUCGCUUUAUCGGCGUCGUCUGAAAACAACAUCAGGCGGGGACUUGAAACUAUGCGUAUCAUUGCGGUGAAGUAUUCCACACCAAACAGUGUUAACGGACGUAUGCCAAAUUAUGCUAACGAGUUGAUCCUGAAAGCUCUUUUACCUGCCUUUGCUUAUAUCAGCGUUUCACAUCCCCUUAUUGGGACUUCAGAAAUAGCUGGUGGCUGUGUAGCUAGCGACAAUAAAACGGAAAUGUUUUUGAGGUUAUAUAACGAUCCAUCCGUGAACAGUUAUUUGGAAGAUGGAGGUUACAAAGCGAAGUACUAUUACAACAGUUUGGGCUCUCUGGACAUCAUGGAAGCGGUAAGUGCUAGAUCCGAUUUUUUGAAAUAGUUUUCGGCUCCCACAUUAAGGCUAACAAACUUCCUAGCAAAGUUCAAUGACUUUUCUUUCAUCCUCAUUCCUUCGUAUUUAGAAGCUCAAUGAAUAUAAUCUAGGUAUUUAUUUUUUGCACAACACAUUCAGACUGUUGCUGGCUCAAAAAAGAGCAAAUGUUUAGGAAAAGUAAAACAUUUCCUGUGGUCACGUGCUGAUGAACCUGUUCAGGUGACUAUAAUUCUACGAGAUAUCCCCAUACAAAUCAAAUAUCCCGAAUUUCCCGAUAUUAAUUUGAUGUUAUUUCUGCAAGAGCAAAGAGUAGGGUAGGGUACUUUUGACAUGAUAUGUUUUAAUAUGCUCAUAUGAUCCAUCGAAUAUAGGUUAAAACCAUCGCGGAAAACAAAGGCAUUACUUCCGAGUCCUCCCCUGAAGGUCACUGGUCCAAGAAUUUUGCCGUUCUAUCCAUUCAUCGACGCAAAGAUUGGGCUGUAACAGUGAAGGGAUUUAAUAGUUUUCUCUGGGAUUUUGAGAACUCCAAUGAUGAAAAUGUUUUUGGAAUGUUUGGUAGUCAUGGUGCUCUUCUGAUUGCCAACAGUGAAACAAACCUUGAAGUACAUGACGUUGAAAAUGGCUGGGAUUGGGCCAAGGUCCCUGGAGCAACAACUAUUGCCUUAGAAACUGAUCCUUCGUCGGGUACAAAGGACUUUGACGACUUAAAAUUACCAAAGGGAAGGUUUUACAAUCCAAAAAACCUUGCUGGGGGUCUGACGUUUAAGGGUACAAGCACAUUGAAGAAUGGCGUUUUUGGCAUGGAUUUUGAACAGCCAACUUAUGAACUGGAGACAGGGGAUUGGCGACACUCCGUAACUUUUGAAUUUAAAAAAUCAGUUUUCUUUUUUGAAAAUUUGCUAGUUUGCCUAGGAAGUGACAUUUCAGCAUCAAACACUGAUGGGAAAAUUGUUCAGACAACGCUCUUUCAAGACAAAAUUACAGGCGGGCUGUCCAUUAAGAUAAACGGUGCUGUAACGAGAUCUGCUGCUGUAGUAACUCCUUCAGUCUCAGGACAACUUUAUACAACACUCACUGACACCAAAGACAACUUUUACUACAUACCAGAUGGCAGUAAAGGUUUAUUAAAAGUCCACGCUACUAAUCAGGAUUCCUGGCUAGAGAGCGGAGCAGCAUCGAGCCCAACAACAGGGAUAUACGGUACUGCAUGGUUUGAUCACGGUGAUUCGCCCUCUGGAACCUCAUCUGAAUACGAGUACGCAGUCUUAAUUCCUACUACAUCAUAUGAUGCAACACCAACUGACCUUACAACUGCCCAGCAAUCUACAGGAUUGAAAGUUUACAAAGUUUUACAAAAGGAUGACGUUGCUCAUAUCGUGCAGUUUUAUAGGUCGACAAAGUCAUCUCCCCCCUCCGCUCUCAGCCAUUCUAUCACUGGCUAUGUCCUUUUCCCUUCAGCGGCACCCGUAUCACUUACUAGCCUUGGUCUAUUGGCGGAAGUCAACUCGGGAGAUUGCCUUAUCAUGGUCGAGGAAACGUCAAGGUUUAUUCACCUCAGCAUUAGCUCUCCAAGCUUAAAUCUUACAAGGAAGUCAGGGGCAACUCCUUUGACCAAUUCUGAUGACGUGGGGCAAGCGGAGUUGUACCAGUCGUCAAGCAGAGAGCGUGAAAUUGAGGUUACCUUGAGAAAAAAGGUACAAAAAAGCUUCGUUUCCCUCCAGACUCACGGCAACCCUGAUAGUUACAAACCAAACGUAUGGGUGGAUACCAGUGGCUUAAAAGUCACCUUUCCAAAUCUCAAGAAUGGUUUCAGUGUUGAGGUACAACUAAAGAAAUCACCAGUGCCGUGA